AUGGACUAUGUUGAUGGUGAACCACUUUUUAAUAUUUCUCUUUCAACUGAAAAAUGGCAGCAAGUUAUUGAACAAGUUAAAAAAUACUUUCAAUGCUUCAUUGUGCCAAUCUACUCUUUGGUAAUCUCUGUAGCAGUAAGGUUAUGCCUAAAUGAGAUACAUAAUGGGGAGCUAAAAGUCGAAUUAGUUGGGUUUAACCGGGGGGAGGAAGAUUUGGGUGCUCCGGAACCAAUUCUCCCCUAUAAUGUCCGCUCUGUACUUGGGAAACAAGGAUGGAACCUCGCCCGUAUUCCUGCUAGGGGAUACGGAGCACCCUCUUAUAUGUUUACUGCAUCAAUGUCAUUUGAAAUAGCGAUUGGAGAUAAUAAUUCUUGGAGUAAAUUGGACUAA